ACAGAGCACUUUGAAUUUGAGGGCUGAGGACAAACUGUCUUACAUCAUCGAUAAGCUUGCAUGUAGUUACAUAUGUGUAAGUUAAGGGCCGUGUAUACGACACUUCAGAACCAGUCGUUCCGCGCCUCAUGCUCUACUCUGAUCAUUAAGGAUAUUUCUGGAGGAGAAAACGUUUCCUACAGCUGAUAAGCUUACGCGAACUUUUCAUCCCAUCGUUCCUUGUGUAGAAGUGACAUACUUGUUUCCUUUUUCCGACUUGCUGACUUUAGUGAAGAGCACGUUUGUCUUAGCCGAGCAUCCCCUCUAUACGUGUCACGCGCAGUAUUUCCCCGUCGGCCGGCGCCCUCCUGAAGUUCAAGCCCUGCUGCUAACCUGGAGAAUCAGCACUGCCAGUGUACGAUCUAAACCUUACACGCACCAUCAUGCAUAUUACCAGUACCAUCGUCUUGAGUGCCUGUCUCUCCGGGCUUCUGGCUCUCAUCGCCUCAGCACAAGACGUAUCUGAAGGCGCUGGAGUGGACUACCUGGUCAAGUAUGGGUACCUAAAACCACAAGACCCACGAACAGGCGCCUUAAGAACAGAAGAAUCCUACAGAGAAGGCCUGAAGAUAUUCCAAGAGUUUGCCGGUCUUAAUAUCACAGGUGUCUUAGAUAGCGAGACAAUGACCAUGAUGCAGAUGCCAAGAUGUGGAGUUGCUGAUGAGAUUGGAAAUGGCUUGCGCGUCAGACGGAGAAGGAGAUACACCAUUCAAGGCAGCAAAUGGCGAAAGUCUCCCCUGACUUACAAGAUCACCACAUAUACCCAGAAGCUCACGAGGCAACAAGUGGAUGAUGCCGUGGAAAGAGCCUUUAAGGUGUGGAGUGACGUGAGUCAACUUCAGUUCCGUAAAACAACCGGCACUCCUGACUUUGAGAUUUACUUCGCACGCGCUUCCCAUGGCGACGGCAAUCCGUUUGACGGAGCUGGAAAGACACUUGCGCACGCCUUCUUCCCUCAGUUUGGAGGGGACGCCCAUUUUGAUGACGAUGAACGCUGGACAGUGGGAACAAGCCGAGGCGUGGACCUCUUCCAAGUCGCCGCCCAUGAGUUCGGGCACUCCCUCGGUCUGUCCCACUCCCAGGUCAGAAGCGCUUUGAUGGCUCCUUUCUACCGCGGAUACCAGGAAAACUUUGAACUGGACCAAGAUGAUGUCGUAGCCAUCCAAACUCUUUACGGUACCAGACGCCAAUCCACUACCCGCACCCCCGUCACCCAACCCCCCACCCGCAUUCGUCCAGUCUCUGGGGGAGGGGUUACCGUCAAUACAUUACCAAGAGACAUCUCAGCCAUCUGCCGAAAUUCCAAAAUCGACGCCAUCACGAGGACCAAGGACGGACUCACCUACGUCUUUGCUGGCCGAAACUAUUACCGUCUUAAUAACGAGGGCGUUGACCCAGGCUACCCACGACGAAUCAGCUGGGACUGGAAAGGAGUGGAGGGACCAAUCGACGCCGCCAUUACACUGUUGGAGGGAAGGACCUACUUGUUCAAGGGAUCACAAUACUGGAGAUUCGAAAAUCAACGAGAAGCGCCUGGCUACCCACGUUACAUUAGCCAAGGCUUCCGGGGACUUCCUGAUAACCUUGAUGCAGCUUUUACGUGGAGCGGUAACGGACAGGCUUAUUUUAUCAAAGGUAGCAAUUACUACAAAUACGCCUUCCGGACCAGCGCAAGCGGAGUGGCUCCUGGCUAUCCACGGGCUCUCAGGAACUGGAGGGGUUUGCCAACCACCAUCGAUGCCGCGUUUAAAUGGGAGAAUGGCCGUACUUACUUCUUCAGCGGGCAGGAUUAUUACAGAUUCAACGACAAAAUGUUUUUGGUGGACUCUGGCUACCCUAGAAACAACUCUCAUUGGUGGUUUGGCUGCUCAGGUGUUCGUCCUUCACAACCCCAAGGUCAGGCCCCCAACGACGCCAAAAACGACAUCCACGAGGCGGAUAUGGAUGCUGACCAGUACGACGGGCCUGUUCUGGCUCAUUAUCCUGACAAUCAGAACGGCACGAACACGGCGAUCUAUCCCAACAGCGCUCAACCAAUCACAGCAAACUUUAUUCUUACCAGUCUACUAGCUGUUGUACUACUAGCUUUGUGGUCAUAAGUGAGUAAUUUAUGAAUGUUUGGUAAAUGUAUUUGUAAAAUCCCAGCUCCACAUUGUGAAAAUGUGGGUUAAGUGUAGGGUAUUUUUGAGGGGCGCGCUCAGUGUUGAGGUCAUAUGAUAGACUGGCUCUUCAUCUGUGACUUUCACCAACCACAAGUUUGGUCAGCUGACCUGAGUUGCCAGGUUACAGCGCGAGGUUCUGAGAGUAGGCCGCCUUCACACCUGUAACGUGAACAGUGAUUGGCUACAUUCGAUCAGGUGCCACCAAAGAUUUUGCAAUGUUUUUGUGCAAUUGACUUGGUGAUAAUUUCGCUUAUAUUUUUCGCUGCAUUCAUUUGUUUCAUUGUACUUAGAUAAUCCAAGGUUGCAAACCGUCACAUUUGCAUACGGGAAUAACAUCUUCGUAUAAAUCAUGCUGAAAUUGACCUUCAGAGUUUCGACCCCAUAUAUAAAUAGAUUAUUUUUCCUCGUCCACAAAACACCUGGAGCUAGAUAUUCAACCACAUCUAACAUUUACACGCAGGAGAAUUGUUUUAUAUUUUGGAGGUAUCGUUUUAUUGCUAAAAGUGAUGCAUUUCC